AUGGCUGGUUCCCAACUAAAGAACUUAAAGGCGGCCCUGAAAGCCCAUGGUUUGACAGGGCAGACUGAGACAAAGAAAGCUCGGAAUGGUAAGAAGAGAGCAGCAAAGGAGUAUGAUCGAGAGCAACGGAAAGAAGCAAUUGAUAAGAUUAGAGAACAGUUUAAUCCAUUUGAUUUGAAGGUCAACCGGGCAAAAAGGCAGGCAGUUGAUGCUGGUAGUAGUAAAGUAGCAGUGGGUAAACCAGGUAUCUCGAAACAAGUAGGUGAAGAACAGAGAAAGAAGCUUUAUGAGGUGAAGAAGUCAAAGAAAAACCGCGAAGGUGGAGUCUUAGACAAGAGAUUUGGUGAGAGGAAUAAGAAUCUGACUCCUGAGGAGAUCAUGCUUGAGCGUUUUACGAAGGAAAGACAAGCUAAUUCACGCAAGGAGAAGAAACGUUUGUUUAACCUUGACGAUGAAGAAGACGAUGGUGAUGGUGACGGUUUUGGAGCUCUUACCCAUAUGGGAAAAACUAUAGGAGAUGAUUUUGAAGAUGGUGAUCUAGGUAUUGAAGAUGAACAUGGGAGGAUGGGAGCCUUAGGAGAUGACAAUGAGCCUCCUAGGAAGAAGACCAAGGCAGAAGUCAUGAAGGAGAUUAUUGCAAAGUCCAAGUUCUACAAGCAUGAAAGGCAAAAGGUCCGUGAAAAGCUGGAGGAACAAAUAGAUGAUCUGGAUAAUGAUUUUGAUGAUAUCAUGUCUGAACUUAGAUCAACGCAACCAAAGACAGUAAAACCUUUGGUUAGCACAGAAGAAGAUAUUUUAUAUGAGAAAAAGUUCCGUGAACUUGGUCUUGAGAAAAGAGCUGCACCUGCAUCUAGGACAAAGACCGACGAAGAAGUCAGGAAGGAAAGAGAGGAGCGGAUGGAAAAGUUAGAAAAGGAUAGGCUCAACCGUAUGAACGGUAUUCUGGAAACUGAAGACAACGAUGGUGGUGUUGAAGACCUAGGAGAUGAUUUUUGGGCUGGAAGUGACUCCGAGAAUGAGCUUAAUGAAGAUAUUGCCGAUUCUGAUGAUAAUGUAAAUUUCAACGAUGAUAAUUCAGAACAAGUCAACAAUGUUUCGCAUAAAGUACCCUCCACUGUACAGUUACCAUGUCCAGCAACGCAUGAAGAGCUAUUAGAAGUUUUGGAAAAAUACCCUGCCACAGAACACGCAGCAGUCGUCAAGAAGAUUAUCAACAGCUAUCAGCCUAGGUUAGCGGAAGGUAAUAAAGAAAAGUUAGGAGUGCUAAGCGGUAUCCUUCUGCAACAUAUCCUUUACCUAACGGACGAAUACUAUGUACAGGAUGUUGAGGGGAUUGAAGAAAUACAAAACGCAUUGAUCUCCAUACUGAAGACUAUGUCUGAAAAGUAUAACAAAGCCAUCUCUGAGACCUGCAGAGAAAUUAUUGGAGAAAUACAAGCAAGACUUAAGAAGAGUCUAUUCCUUGAUCUGCUGCCUUCUGACCUUGUCUUUUUUUCAUUAGUUGGACUAAUAUUCUCUACGUCUGAUCAUUAUCAUUUAGUGGUUACCCCAUGCAGUAUUUUAAUUGGAGAAUUGCUGGAACAAGUUAAGUUCAAUAGUCAUCAAACAUUUAUCUACGGUGCUAUUCUUGCGAAGAUUGCUUUGAAAUACCAAAGGAUAUCAAAACGUUAUAUUCCAGAAUUGGUCUACUUUUUGAAGAAAGCAUUGGUAACCUUACUACCAAGUGAAAAAAUGACUGCUGCCCUCAUUUCUAGUGUCAAAAUGGAUUCUGAAGAACUUUCACUUUCAGCUGAAUUGGAUUUUUCGAACGUUGCUCCAACUUUGAGCAUAAGAUACUUCGCUUUGGAGGAGUGUGAUCAGGAUAUCCAGAAAGUUAUCUUCCUUAAUCUACUGACUACAUUGGAUCAGACUAUAUCUUUGCUAUGGAAAGAGCAUUCUUGCUUCCCUGAGAUUAGUUUACCAUUCCAGGAACUGAUUAAAAUCACCGCAACAGCUUAUCCAUCUUUGGGACUCGCAAAUGACAUUUCUGGAAAACUUCAACGGAUGUUAAAUUUGAACGAGCAUUAUCCGUUAACACUUCAAAACCAUAAGCCAGCUGCUAUUCCUAGUUACACUCCUAAGUUUGAAGAGAACUUCAACCCUGAAAAGAAAUCUUACGAUCCUGAUAGAACAAGAAAUGAGUACAACAAGAUGAAGGCCCAAAUAAAGAAGGAACGUAAGUUCACCAUGAAAGAACUUCGUAAGGACACUAAAUUCGAGGCUAGACAAAAGAUUGAAGAGCAAAAGAAAUCAGCCGAAGCUUAUCAUGCUAAGAUGGCUCAUAUCUUUAACCAAAUCAGUACUGAAGAAGGUGCUGAAAAGAAUAAGUAUGAACGUGAAAAGAAACUACGUAAUAGCAAACGCCAGUAG